GUUACAGCUCCGCCCCUGGUAACAGCCUGUUCAGUACAUGAGCCACGCGGGGAGACGGCAGCUGCUAUUAAAGCUCCGAGGACCAAAAGGCCACCGUUCACAUUUAUCCACCAAGACCAGCAGGCGGGUUGACAAACUAAAGCCCCACCUAUCGCAAUGCAUUGCCUGAAAAGUCUGCGGACGAUCAACCCGGGAAUCUUGCAGCUGUUUAAAAAUGCAGUUAUUUCCGCCAGACUUGGAGCUGACACCUCCAGGAGUCAGCAACUUGUUCCUCUCUGGACGGCAACAAUUCACUCCCACAGAGCCUUCCAUCCUCAUCAGAAAGGCCCUGAUGAGGACCAAGGACACUGCAAAAGCCGGCUCAUGUCCAGCAUAGAGGACCUGCUGUUUUACACCAUCACAGAUGGGAAAGAGAUGAUCCCCAUCUCUCAGUUCUUCUCUGCUUUGAGAAGAACAGGUUUGUUAACGUCUGACCCUCGGCUGCGGGACUGUAUCCGUCAGAUGAGACAGUCUACGCUUGACUCGAUGGGACCAGUCAUGAUGGACAAAAAACUUUUCAGAAGGUGUGUCGGCAACAACAUCAUGUUGCUGACAAAGGCCUUCAGAAAAAACUUCAUCAUCCCUGACUUUGAGAAUUUCACCCACCAGAUCAACAGGAUGUUUGAGAAUGCACAACAGCAAGGAGGAGGGCAUGUAGCCGAUUACAUUCCUCAACUGGCUAAGUUCAGCCCGGAUCUUUGGGGCGUAUCUGUUUGCACCAUUGAUGGACAGAGAUACUCAGUGGGCGACACCAAGAUUCCCUUCUGUCUGCAGUCAUGUGUGAAGCCACUCGAGUACGCCAUCGCUGUGCACGAGCAUGGCACCGAACACGUUCACCGCUUUGUGGGCAAGGAGCCCAGUGGCUUCAAGUUCAACAAACUGUCACUAAAUGAAGAAGAUAAACCACACAACCCAAUGGUGAAUGCUGGAGCCAUCGUCAUUAGCUCUUUGAUCAAGCCACAUUCAAAUAAAGCGGAGAGGUUUGACUAUGUGAUGGAGUUCUUGAAAAGUAUGGCUGGUACAGAGUAUGUGGGAUUCAGCAAUGCAACUUUCCAGUCAGAGAGAGAGACUGGAGAUAGAAACUAUGCAAUUGGUUAUUACCUGAAAGAAAAAAAGUGCUUUCCUGACAGUGCAGAUAUGAUUGGAGCCCUUGACUUCUACUUCCAGUUGUGCUCCAUUGAGGUGACCUGUGAGUCUGGAAGUGUCAUGGCUGCCACACUGGCCAAUGGAGGCAUUUGCCCAAUCACCGGCGAUCGUGUGCUAAGUGCUGAAGCCGUUCGCAACACGUUGAGUCUGAUGCAUUCCUGCGGGAUGUACGACUUUUCUGGGCAAUUUGCUUUCCAUGUGGGGCUACCUGCCAAAUCUGGCAUUUCAGGCGCUGUUCUGCUGGUGGUUCCCAACGUUAUGGGAAUGCUGUGUUGGUCCCCGCCGCUGGACCGGCUUGGAAACAGCGUCAGAGGAAUCCACUUCUGUCAAGAGCUUGUUUCUCACUUCAACUUCCAUAAUUAUGACAACCUGAAGCAUUUCACCAAGAAACACGACCCAAGGAGAUGGACGGACGACAAUCCAAACAAGUCAGUCGUUAAUCUGAUGUUUGCGGCAUACAGCGGUGACGUCUGUGCUUUGAGGAGAUUCGCGCUGUCAGGUGUUGACAUGGAGCAGAGGGAUUAUGACUUUCGCACCGCUCUCCACAUCGCUGCUGCUGGAGGCCACGCGGAUGCUAUAACGUUCCUGACACAAAUAUGUAAAGUGAAUCCGUACAUUAAGGACAGAUGGGGCAACACACCCCUUGAUGAUGCCAUGCAGUUUGGCCAUGAUGUUGUUGUUUCAAUCCUGCAAAAGUACCAACAUGAUUACAAAGACUCGCCCAGCAGCACAGAGGAGCAGAACCCUGCUCAGGACACGAUGAAGAACUCGGUUUAAGAAAUAUCCAUGAAAGUUUGGAUUGAAACCUUCUGCUGUACAGCAGGAAAGAAUCACAGGACAGAAGGUAAUUGGGACAACUGAUAAAUUUUGACUUUAUUCUCUUUUUAAGGGAUAUUGCAAUAUUUUUGGGGUCUCAGAAAAUGUAUUAAAAUAAAUUACUAUUACUUUCUUUACAUGCCUUUUGAAAAGUCUAAGCUUUUUAAAAUUUUCCAACCAAAGGCUAUAAAAUGUGUACCUUUUAUUCAUGGUGUGGAAUGAUUAACGUCAAUUUUGAAAAAAGGGAUGCACCAUUUUCUUUCUAUUUGGUUUAACUGGGCCAGAAUUUGGAAUAUGUGCAGAACAAAGGCUUAGUAAAAGAACAUACUAUAGAACUACAUCAAUAAUCAAUUACUACUACCCUACAUUAAUUUGGUUGGUUCGUGAUAUUCUUGUUUUGUGCAAAAAUUUGAUAGGGAAAUAUUGCUGAGAUAAAUAUUUAAAAAUUGUGCUAUUUAGGUUUUAAAUCUUAAAGUAUAUAUUUUUCAUUGGCCCCUUUCACACUGGAAUGAGAUAACUUUAGCCGGAAUGGUGAAACUCAACAGGGUACUGGAAAAUGGUUCUGGAGUCGAAGUUUCCCACAACAGUUGCCAUUACAAAGUCUAUGUAGAACAGUAAUGGUGAUUUAUUGUCAUCUCAGCAGCAUAUUAGCAUCAUACUAAAGCCAGUUUUACAAAGGAAGGAGUACAGGAAGCAGUGCCAUGCAUGAGAAAUAAUCCCUGCAAAAAAGAAGCGCACACACCUCCAAAUUGUGUCUGAGCUUGGAUGCACUGGUUGCUCGGAGAUUGAAACAUGUCGACAGCAGUUUGAAUGCACUCCUGGAUUUCCUGUUUGCUGCAAUCCAAAUUGUAAUGUAAAUAUAACUAUUGUAAUAUAAUGUGUAAUAUAUUGUAAUUAUAUAAUAUGUAAAUAUAACAUUUCAGUAUCCUCAUAGAAAUGCAAACACAUAAUACAUGUAAACAUUGUGGAGACUGCAUGAUUCCACCUCCUCACACACAUAAUAUAUGAGUGAGAGAAGGAGAAAUUUUGUACAUCCUGUAAAGGUUAUGCAGCAGAAGCAACAGACGUGCCUGUAGCAUAGUGAUAGUGAUAUUUUGGUGUGAUCUUACAGGGCUGUGGUGUCCUGUGUCUGUCCUCAAGUGCAGACAUCCUACAUGUUUCAGAUGUUUUCCUAUUUCAACACACCUGACUCAAAUGAAUUGAUACCAGGAAUCCUGUAGUGCUUGAUGGCAUGCUGGAGAGGUUAUUCGUUCAUUUUGAAUACAUUGCAGCAGGACACAGGCCUCCAGAACUGGACACAGCUGUGAGAGGGCACUAAAUGUGUAGAUGGUGAGAUGAUCAACAUGUGAGAUCUCCAGACCAUGCCGACACUGCAGGAGAGCCAAUCAGAGAAGCAGAAAAUAGCACUAAGACCUGUCUGGCGACUGCUAGGUGUAGCUGUGUCAUGAUUGCUUUCACACUGAAGGAGGUUUCCCUCAUUUGCAGCAAUCCAAGCAGCUUGUAACAGGUAAUUAAAAUCAUAGAGGGGAUUCAUCCAGUGUGGAGAGGGCUUUAAUUAAAAUACUCUGAGAAUUAAACUUCAAUGUGUCAUUAGAGAUGUAUUUAAAAAGAGCCUGAAAGCUACUGGGACUGUUUUGUUGGGAAAAUAAGAUGCUCUUCAGUAUCCUCCCUACCAGCUGGGUUUUGUUUUGUUCUUUAUUGAUAUGUACAUGCUCACUGUGGUGUUUAGGAUUUAUAAAUAUUGUAUAAACCUUUUAUGUUCUUUUUUUUUUUUAUUAGGUGGUAAUAAUUUUCAGACUCAGGGCCAAAACUGCGGCUAAAGAUAAUUAAACCAACCAGUUGCAUUGAUAGCCAAGACAUAUGGUUUCCUAUUAGGUCUUAAGGCCUAAAAAAUAAGACCACAUAUUUGUAUACUUUUAAAUGUCCACCUUUAUUCGGCAUGUUAUAUCUAUAACAGUUUUUUGAAUAAUUCAGCUGACAAACCAAUAAAUUUAAAGAAAAGAUUUUUAAAAAGUUCAAUAACCUGGUGUACACUUUUAAAAUUUUUAAAAUAAUACCUUCCUGAAAUAAAUAUUUUAGCACUGGAAUAUGGGUCAGCAAAUCUUAAAUUUACUUAGUUGUCUGGUAGAACCAUUCGAGUCGACAUUCUUUCUUAUGUAGGGAGAGAUCUGAAAAAAUAAUGUCUUACAGUAAAUAUAGCAGGUUAUAAUAUUUUUUAGCUUUUCUAUAUUUAUGUUUACAAAUUUGUCAGCUGAAUUGAUCUGAACAUUGAAAAAUAGUUUGGAAAUAAUUUAUACUGGUCUUAUUCUUUUUAAUUUAAAACCUGUUUGUGUAUAUUUGAGAUCCACUGCAUGCAGAGACGUACCAAUCAAAAGACUGGAAAAAGUCGAUAUUUCCUUGAUCAUUAAAUCUAAAUAUGUUGAAAAUUUUUGUACUACAAACGCAUCAUCUAACAUGAAACAGAUACAUUUUAGAAUUGAAUAAAAGUCAUAAAAAGUUAAAUAUCGACUCCAGGCAUAAAUAGCAAUUUUCCCAAAAUUUCUUCAUGUUUAGUUGUGUUCAAAAUGGCUACCUUUAUGGAAUGUGCAAUGAUUUCCUGCAGGUUUUAUGUGUCAUACAAGAACUGAUCAGAAUCUGUUAAGAGGCAUCAAAGAUAACCAAAAAAAGGGAAUCGACCAGAAAAAGUCUAAUCGGUGCUUCUCCGUAAAAAUGUCUUAUUAAAAGUAACAGAAAGGUU